CCUAUCUUCUCCUCCACCUGCAACCAUCAAUAUUUUCUAGAUCUAACCAUAUUCUCCUCCACCCGCCGCCGCCACCACCACUCCUUAGACCUAACUAUCUUCUCCUCCACCGUCAACCAUGAACAUUGUCUAGAUCUAACUAUCUUCUUCUCCAUCCAUUGCCGCCACUUCCACUCUCUAGAUAUGUUUUCCCUCGUAAAUCCAUCAUCUGUGUUUUCCUCUUAGGUGAGAUUGUGGUAUUCCAAGGUACUGACGCACUGCACCAUCCGCCCUUUCCCGACGCACCACAGUCGCUGCCCAAGCCAUCCUCCUUUUACAUCUUGGAUGAAGACGGCGAGAUCCAAAGUCAAAGGCUUCCGCCAUUCACCCUUUUCCAGCGCACCACAUCCAUUGCCCCACUUUUAGGCCAUCAUUUACAUCUUGGAACAGAGAAGACGAGAUCUAAAGUCAAAGGUUUUUUCUGUACAAUAUCCUCAGACAAGUAACCGUGGAAAAGAAAGGCAUGGCAAAACCAUUGGUGAGGAAGGUUGCAGAGUGAGCUGCCAAUGCCAUUACUGCGUUAAGGUGGUUUCGAGUUACAACUGCCUAGAGCACCAUUUAGCAGGCAUCAGGGGCAAUGUCAGCACAAGCUUAAGGAGUUCACUUGUGGAUCGCAAGAAGAGAAAGCUUGGAUGCUCAGAAAAAUGAAGAAACGGAAGCAUGAACAUGAUGAGGUUCCUCACACAAGCCCAGCCCUUCCAUCUGCUCAAGUCCAGCAACCACAGCUACAACCAACUGUGUCCAAUAACCGCUGCUUUCUUCAUUAUCUACCGGAUUUGAGGCAGCCCAAGGAAAUCGCAUAUAAUUCUUGUCAACUGAAACCCAAGGUUGAGGCAAGUGAUUACUUCGAUUCUCCGUCAGCAAAAUCAAUAGGCAAGUUCUUCUCCGAAGCUGGACCUGAGCCUGGUGUUCUCCAUUCAUCAUCUUUGAGGGAGAUGGUUGUGUUUCCCCAUGGGCCUGGGGCUGUAAUGCCUACGUACGAAGCUGUUCUGCAGGAGCAACUAAGAGAAACUGAGAACCGCGCAAAGGAACUCAAGCAAGAGUGGCAAACAAGUGGCUGCACUGUAAUUGUGGAUAGUUGGAAGAGCAAGUGUGACAAAAGCUUCGUAAGUGUCCUGGUGCACUGCAGCAAAGGUACGCAGUUCCUCAGAUCCAUUGACGUCUCUGAAAUCACCGAGGACUUCGAUGAGCUAGAAUCAAUGCUUUCUUGCGUGGUUGAAGAUGUUGGUGCCCAUAACAUUGUUCAGAUUGUCAUGAAUGACGUGUCACCCCAUAUGCAGAUGGCACGGCAGUAUGUGCUAAAUAAACAUGACAGUUUUUUCUUCGUGCUAUGUGCUGACCAUUGCAUCAACCUUCUACUUGAGAAAAUAGCAGCGCUCGAGCAUGUCAGUGAAGUCCUAAUGAAGGCAAGGGAAAUUACAAGGUUUUUAUAUGGCCAUGCACUGCCAAUGAAAUUGAAACGAUAUGUUCAGGAGGAGAUUUUGAGCAGUUCUUAUCUGAAAUUUGUGGCAGUGUUCAUCACAUUAGAGAGGUUAGUUUCUGCAAGAGUAGGUCUGGUGCAGAUGUUCAGCUCGCCUGAAUGGGUUCCCUCGGGUUGGGCUUGUCUUGAUUUGUUCGAGCGUAUCCAGAGCAUAGUAAAGACAGACGAUGCAUUUUGGCAUGCUGCUGCCAAAGUCGUGAAGGUUACAAGCCCACUUGUCAGAGUGUUGUAUAAACUGGAAUCUGAUAUCUGUCCGAUGGGUAUCUUGUAUGAAGCCAUGCAUGGUGCAAAAGAAGAGAUAUGUGUCAAUAUUGGAGAUGAAAGUGAGUUUUAUUUGCGUAUAAUUGACAAGAUAUGGGAUGGUUACUUGCAUAACCCUCUCCAUGCUGCUGGUCCGAUGCUAAACCCAAGGAUCUUUUACGCAGCUGGAUUCCACCCUUAUACUGUGAUCAGCAGUGGCAUCGCGGCCUGUAUAAUCCAACUGGGCAAGGCUCAUUACAAUCCCAUAAAAGCAUUAGCACAAUUGGAAGUGUAUGAAAAGAAAUUGGGCUAUUUCGAUACAGAUCCAGCAAAGCAGCAAAUAAUGGAAUUACCACAAGUUAAAUGGUGGUCGAAGCACGGGGCUUGCGUGCCCGACCUGCGGACCCUUGCGAGGCGUGUCCUGAUCCAGACGUGCUUCGGCGCCACCAGGUACAACAUCGACUGGAGCCUGUCGGAGAAGCUGCACGCCGAGUGGGACGAGAUGAUGCUGCCCGAACAGGAGAGGUUCCGGCAGAAGGAGUACGUCCACUACAACAGCGUCCUCGCCCGCUCCUCCCCACUCCUGCACGGCUCUUCCGUGAAGCAGCACGACAGGGUCACCUUGGUGCUGCAGGACUGGAUCAGACCGCAGAAACAGGCCGCCUGUCGCCACUGAGUGAGACGCCCUUCAGUUCGGCCUGGAGCAAUGCUUUAUCGCCUCCUCGGUUUUCUUUGCUAUCUGUGUGUGCUGCUGCAAUGGUGUGCAGAAGUAAUCUGUCGAGCGGCAAUGCCGUACUGGUACUAUCGUCGUCUCUGCCAAAUCUCCAAGUUUUUCAUUUCUUGAACUCCCGCUGGAUUACCAAGUUUGUUAUGUUGUGUUGAAACCCUGCUGAAUUUCCAAGUUAUUAUAAGUAUGGUCGUGGAUUAGUCU